CCCGUGUCCUUGAGGACCUUGGCCAAAACACCCUCCUCCUGGAACUCAAAGUCCAUCUGGGCCUUGUCGGUCUCGAUCUCGACGAGGACCUCGCCGGGGGCGAUGCUGUCACCGGGCUUCUUGUUCCAGGCGCCGAUAUUUCCCGCCGUCAUGGUAGGAGAUAAGGCGGGCAUCUUGACAACGGUGUGCGGGGGGUACGAAGCGUACCAUCUUGUCAGGCUGGGGAGGGCGAUGCGGGCAAGGCGGACAUGCUGAACAGCUUGCCUUCUGAGGACGGGAACAAGCAUCUUGAACGUGUGGCUGUGGAAGAAAAAGGCGGGAAAAAAAAAGGUUGGGGCAGCAGCGAGCUGAGGGAUAACCAGGUAGGGACCCUAUGCGCCUAACAGAGGGGCAGAAAAGUCGACGUCGUCUCGCGGAGGGGAGGGGGCGUCGCGGCGGGGGGUGGGAGUCAAUUGAUGCCGGGCGGAAGGCAGAUCAGAGCGAGAUGAGAUGGAGGAGAUGGGAGGUGAAAUCCGGACCCGGAUCGGACGUUGAUGAUGGUGGUGGUGAUGCACAAGCUGGGGCCAGUUUUUUUACGUGGGAUUUCCUCAACUUCGUUGGGAAGCUUAGCUCGCGCGUUCACCAAAACGGGACGGGCUGUCUGGGCGGACCCGCAUGUCAGUCAGCAGUCAAUCGCACUAGGCCUUUUUGGUCCACGGGGGUCCGAUAAACGCCACGCAUUGGCACAGCAUUCGCGAGAUUCAGAGCAUUGUUUGACAUCUUUUUUUUCCCGCAACCUAAACAGCUCAACAACCCUCGGGGAGUUCUCGGUCAGAAUUAGACAGCUUGACCUUGUUUACUUUUUAAUGGGGGUUUCCAGACAUAUAUAGAGCCCAACAUCCACCCAUUUCCAUUUGAUCAUAUCGGACACUUGAAUCUCACUUGACCCCGAUCAUCAGCCACACUUUAUCUCCGUGAGUCUCGGUUGAGUCGGGAUUCCAUCUCCAGCUUCACAGUCGGGUGGGGUGCCGCUGGAAUCUCCUUGUUCGAUGAGGUGAACAGUGGAUAUCUGCUGCAAAAGGCUGCUGGGAGGCCCUGGGCGCGACAAGGCCACAGAGAAGUGCACGGGGCAAGCUGCUCACCAGCUGGCGGUGCGGCGCCGUCCGCUUCCUGAGCCUUGGGCUGGUGUCGCAGGGGACGGGAGGCAGCUCCACAUGCUGCGCGAUGGUUUGCUGUCAUCUUUUGCCUACAGUCCACCUUCUACACAGUAAGGGACGGAGAGUAACAGCAUACCGGUACCUGGGACCUAGCAGCAAAGCAUACGCAACGCUCGCAGGCAGCACUUCCAACUUUAAUAAGCUACUAUCCAUACUCUUCUUCCGCCAGAAUCAAAUUGCAUUGUCCAACUCGUCUGAAGAUCUCGCUGAGCGAACCUGAAGCCUUCAAUCCCACCAAAUCUCAAGGGCCGCGUCCCCCUCCCCCGUGACAAAGACGACAUUGAAACCAACGGCUGCAUCCGCACUUAUUCACCCCGAAAAAAGUAUCUGGCUUCGUCGAUAAACAACCUCGAACCCUCCCUCGGCCGAUUCCCAUGCGCUAGCAGCCCUCUGCGAAUGGGCAUCGUCUCCUAGAGCUACGCCCAACGCGCCAUGAGCUCUUUCGCAUUUGUGGUGUCCGCCUUGGACAGAAUCGCCCAACAUGCCGGCCGCAACAAGCAACUGACCGAUCUUGCCGAAAAGGCACUUGCUGCCCUCAAAGAGAACGACCAGGACCUCCCGGACCCCGAAGUUGUCUUUGCGCCCCUGCAACUGGCCACCAAAACAGGCACCGUCCCUCUCACGACAACCGCGCUCGACUGCAUUGGCAAGCUCAUCUCGUAUUCCUACUUCACAGCGCCCUCCGCCCGCGCCCCAUCACAAGAUGGCUCCGAACAGGCGCCGCUCAUUGAGCGUGCCAUUGAUACAAUCUGCGAUUGCUUCCAGGGAGAGGGAACCCCGGGCGAGAUCCAGGUGCAGAUUGUCAAGUCUCUACUUGCGGCGGUGCUCAAUGACAAGAUCAUUGUGCACGGCGCAGGGCUGUUGAAGGCGGUGCGACAGGUCUACAACAUCUUCUUGCUCUCCAGGAUUACCUCCAACCAGCAAAUUGCCCAGGGGACGCUCACGCAGAUGGUUGGCACUGUCUUUGAGAGAGUCAAGACCCGGAUACACAUGAGAGAGGCACGGGCGCAACUGGGGCAAAAGCCCAGCCACAGCAGCCUGACCAUUGAUCGAUCAGACGACCAGGAUACACAGACGGAGAAGGGCGAUAACGAUGAGGGAGCCACACCGCUGGACGAAAAGAGCGAGGCUGGCGCGAAGCUCACGCUCAAGGAUCUUGAACACCGCAAGAGUUUCGACGACUCUCACAUGGGCGACGGGCCUACCAUGGUGUCCCAGGUCAAGCCGGCAAAGAAAUCAACACGAUCAGUUUCGGAGCAGAGUUUGGCAGAGGCGGCGCACGAGGACACGCCCGAGGCGCUGGAUGCCGAGGACGAGGCCUACAUCAGGGAUGCCUACCUCAUCUUCCGAUCCUUCUGCAACCUGUCCACCAAGGUCCUGACCCCAGAACAGCUCUACGACAUGCGCGGCCAAGGAAUGCGCUCCAAACUGAUCUCUCUCCAUAUUGUUCACACGUUGCUGAAUAACAACAUCGGCGUCUUUACCUCUCCGUUCUGCACCAUCACCAACACAAAGAGCAACGAGCCCACGAGCUUCUUACAGGCCAUUAAAUACUACCUAUGUCUCAGCAUCACCCGCAACGGCGCAAGCUCUGUGGAUAGGGUGUUUGAUGUGUGCUGUGAGAUUUUCUGGCUCAUGAUCAAGUACCUCCGAGCUCCCUUCAAGAAAGAGAUUGAGGUAUUCCUUAAUGAAAUUUAUCUUGCUCUCCUGGCCCGGAAGAACGCCCCUCUUUCUCAAAAGCUCGCCUUUGUUGGCAUCCUGAGGAGGUUGUGUGAUGACCCUCGGGCCUUGGUGGAAAUGUAUCUCAACUAUGACUGUGACAGGAAUGUGGACAACAUUCUCCAAAGGAUAGUGGAGGACCUGUCCAAGUUCGCAACAGCCACGAUACCGAUAACGCCGAUGCAAGAACAGCAAUAUGAGGACAGCCAUGCUAAGAACGGGGCUGGCGAGUGGCAGCUCAAGAGUGUCUUACCCCCUCCCCUUACUGCCGCCAUGAUCACAAACCCACACGAUACGGAUGGCGAUGUUCCCAAGGAAUAUGCGAUCAAGCGAGUGGCCAUUGACUCGUUGGUUGAAACGUUGCGGUCACUGCUUCAUUGGUCAGAGCCUGGCCGACCUGAGCUCAAUGGUGGCGGUGGGGAGGUAGAAAGAAGAGCGUCCAGCGAUGAGAUCAGGGAAUCGAUUGAUCCUUCCAUGAGCGAGAACGUACCCCGCAUCGACACACCAAUCCCGCCAUCGACCCCGGUGAUUGACGACGACCCAGACCAGCUGGAGAAGGAAAAGGCAAGAAAGACUGCGUUGAGCAACGCCAUCAAGAUCUUCAAUUAUAAGCCCAAAAAUGGCAUCAAGCUUCUGCUCAGGGAUGGCUUCAUUCCAAGCGACAAGCCUGAAGACAUCGCCCAGUUCUUGCUGCGCGAGGAUAGGCUGGACAAGGCGCAAAUCGGAGAAUACCUGGGAGAAGGCGACCAAAAGAACAUCGAUAUCAUGCACGCCUUUGUUGACCUGAUGGAUUUCCGAAAGAAGCGCUUCGUCGAGGCUCUGAGGGAGUUUUUGCAGUCUUUCCGUCUGCCUGGUGAAGCCCAGAAGAUUGAUCGCUUCAUGUUGAAGUUUGCCAACAGAUACAUGACCGGCAACCCCAAUGCUUUUGCCAACGCCGACACUCCUUACGUGCUUGCUUACUCGGUCAUCAUGCUAAAUACCGAUUUGCACAGCUCCCAAGUCGUCAGGCGGAUGACCAAGGCUGACUUUAUCAAAAACAAUCGGGGUAUCAACGACAAUGCUGAUUUGCCGGACGAGUAUCUCUUGGGCAUCUACGACGACAUCCAAAGCAACGAGAUCGUUUUGAAGAGUGAGCGAGAAGCCGCAGCCCUUGCAGGUACUCUUCCUGCGCAGUCGACCGGUAUCGCGGCUGGAUUCGGCCAGGCCUUCUCGAAUGUUGGGAGAGACCUGCAGCGCGAGGCGUACGUCCAGCAGUCGGAGGAGAUUGCGCUGCGCUCAGAACAGCUGUUCAGGGACCUCUACCGCAGCCAGCGGAAGAAUGCCUCCAAGGCUGGCACAAAGUUCAUCCCAGCAACGUCUUUCAAGCAUGUUGGGCCAAUCUUUGAUGUCACUUGGAUGUCCUUCUUCUCUGCUCUUUCCGGCUUGAUGCAGGGGACACACAAUCUUACUGUCAACAAGCUGUGCUUGGAAGGCAUGAAGCUGGCCACCAGGAUCGCUUGUUUCUUUGAUCUGGCCACUCCCCGGGAGGCCUUCAUCUCGGUGCUCAAGAAUAUCGCCAAUCUCAACAAUCCACAAGAGAUGCAGGCCAAGAACGUUGAGGCUCUCAAGGUCAUCUUGGAGCUUGGCCAGACAGAAGGAAACCGGCUCAGGGAGUCCUGGAAGGAUGUUCUGCUCUGUAUCAGCCAACUUGAUCGGCUGCAGCUCAUCUCUGGUGGCGUGGACGAAAGUGCUGUUCCAGACGUUUCCAAGGCACGAUUUGUCCCACAACCAGCUGGACGACCAGACACGGCCGACUCUCGAAAGUCUACAUCCUCUUCCAAGAAGAACAGGCCACGAGCCCACACCGGCCCACAAGGAGUAUCGCUCGAGAUUGCACUCGAAAGCCGAUCUGAUGAGGUGAUCAAGAGCGUCGACAGGAUAUUUACAAACAGCGCCAACCUGUCGAGAGAAGCCAUCGUUCACUUUGCCCGCGCCUUGACCGAAGUCAGCUGGGAUGAGAUCAGAGUGUCUGGGUCAAAUGAGUCUCCUCGCACUUACAGUCUGCAAAAGAUUGUAGAGAUUAGUUCUUACAACAUGACGCGUGUCAGGUUUGAGUGGACUCACAUUUGGGACGUUCUUGGUGAACACUUCAACCGAGUAGGAUGCCACGCCAACUACACGAUUGUCGUUUUUGCCCUGGAUGCUCUCCGUCAGCUUUCGAUGCGUUUCAUGGAUAUCGAGGAACUUGCUGGUUUCAAGUUCCAAAAAGACUUCCUCAAGCCCUUUGAGCACGUCAUGUCCAACUCAAGCGACAACAGAGUCAAGGACAUGAUCCUUCACUGCCUGGUUCAAAUGAUCCAAGCUCGGGGAGAGAACAUCCGCUCCGGUUGGAGGACGAUGUUUGGGGUCUUUACCGUGGCCGCAAGGGACCCAUCAGAGAACAUUGUCAACCUCGCCUACGAGCAUGUCAUUCAGGUCUAUAAGACCAGGUUUGGCGUCAUCAUUUCUCAGGGCGCCUUCACCGAUCUUAUUGUAUGCUUGACGGAAUUCUCCAAGAACAUGAAGUUCCAGAAGAAGAGUCUCCAGGCUAUGGAGACGCUCAAGUCAAUCAUUCCGGCCAUGCUCAGGGCGCCUGAAUGCCCGCUCUCUCACAGGACUAAGAAGGUCGAGUCCGAUGCUUUGGUCAUGGAACAGCAGAGAGGCACCUCGGUCGAGGAAGGGUUCUGGUUCCCGGUCCUGUUUGCUUUCCAUGAUGUCUUGAUGACAGGUGAAGACCUCGAGGUCCGGUCCAAUGCAUUGAACUACUUUUUUGAAUCGCUUCUGCGGUAUGGUGGGGACUUCCCCUCGGAGUUUUGGGAUAUUCUUUGGAGACAGCAGCUUUAUCCCAUUUUUAUGGUUCUCCGCUCGAGGCCAGAGAUGACCAAUGCGCUCAACCACGAGGAGCUGUCGGUGUGGCUCUCAACAACCAUGAUCCAAGCCCUUCGCAACAUGAUCACGCUCUUCACUCACUACUUUGACGCCCUCGAGUACAUGUUGGACCGGUUUUUGGAGCUCCUGGCUCUCUGCAUUUGCCAGGAGAACGACACCAUUGCUCGAAUUGGCAGCAACUGUCUGCAGCAGCUCAUUCUCCAGAACGUCACCAAGUUCACUCCCGAGCACUGGUCCAAGAUCGUCGGUGCCUUUUGCGAGCUGUUUGAGAGGACGACAGCAUACCAGCUCUUUUCCGCCACCACCAUCAACUCAACCGCUUCGUUGUCGCCCCCUCCCAACGGGCUGGACUUUGGUGCUGCCCUGAGCCCAACUUCGGAGGUUCACCCAGUCGACGAGAAGUCUCUCAAGAUCAACGGCACAGAGUCCAACGGCCACGUUUCCGACACCGAAGUGCCACCCAUCGUGGUGGAAAGCAGCCCAGAAACAGACGCCUCACCCGCCUCCGCCAACCCCUCGGCCAUGGCAGCCACCCCAAUCACCCCCCAACUGGAAGAAUUCAAGCCCACCAACACGCUCCAGCAGCAGCCGGUAGUCGUCACAGCCGCCCGGCGCAAGUUUUUUAACCGUAUCAUCUCCCGCUGCGUCCUCCAGCUCCUCAUGAUUGAAACGGUCAACGAGCUCUUCUCCAACGACGCCGUCUACGCGCAGAUUCCCUCCGCCGAACUCUUGCGCCUGAUGGCCCUCCUCAAGAAAUCUUUCCUCUUCGCCAAGCGCUUCAACGCGGAUAAGGAGCUGCGGAUGAGGCUCUGGAGGGAAGGGUUCAUGAAGCAGCCUCCCAACCUGCUCAAGCAAGAAUCCGGCAGCGCGGCAACGUACGUCGCGAUUUUGUUUAGGAUGUUUGGGGACAAGUCGCCUCAGCGACAGGACAGCAAGGGGGAUGUGGAGGCUGCGCUUGUGCCGCUUUGCCAGGAUAUUAUACGGGGGUAUAUCACGCUGGAUGAGGAGUCUCAGCACAGGAACAUUGUGGCGUGGAGGCCGGUGGUGGUGGAUGUGCUGGAGGGGUUUGCCGGGUUCCCGGAGAAGAGUUUCAGGGAGCAUAUCAAGAACUUUUACCCCUUGGUUGUGGAGUUGUUGGGGAAGGAGUUGGGGAGUGAACUGAGGGGGGCGUUGCUUGGGGUUUUGAGACGGGUGGGGGAGGUUGGGUUGGGGAUUGAGAAUAUGGGGCUUUGUACUGCUGGGUUGAAUGGGGAGGGUGGGCAAGUGGGGGGACACCAUGGGAGGAGUCAUAGUGUUUUUAGUGUGCAGGCUGGUCAUCAGGGGGAUGGGGGGGAGGAUCCGUCUAGUAGGUUUAUGGGACGGGGGUGA